AUGCCCCACGUCAAGCAGAGCAACGUAAUCGGCAGUAGUUCUGCUGUAGGCACGUUGAGGGCUGCAGACCCUCAAAAGAUGACCCAAUCCCUUCUCCGCCCAUUUCCGUCCGCGGGACUUGGGUCGAAGCAUCAGCAACCUCUACCACACCUUUACCCGAGCAUAAUGUCGGAUCAUGAACCAGGUCCGGCCGUGGAUCGGGUCACGUCGAUGGCGGCCAGCAUUUCAACAGAUCCACGAGCUUCUAUCCCUUCGCCGGCACGGAGCAAUAUACCCACAACUCUGCCUGCAGCAGCAGCAGCAACUACAAGUGAAGCACCUCCAGAACUUCCGCCUCUCUGGAUGAAUGCUGUCUCCAUUAAAGAAUUGGCGGGGAGAAUGAUCCAAUCUGGUUACGCGAAGCUGCAAGAGCUAACUCGAAGUCUUCCCAACGCUCCCGAAAUGGAACGAAAACGACAGCUGCUUGAUUAUGCCUUGUCACAGCGCAAGGAGUUUCAAAAAUUGCUCGUGUUGACAAAAUGGGGUAGACAGCACAAGGAUUGGCAAAAAAUGAUGAAUCUUCAUCGUUUUAUUGAUGAGCAGAAUGAUGCCUAUCGAAGAACAGCCGAUGGAUUGUACUUUAUGGUUGAUAAAUUUAAGCGGAUGGCCGAAACGCCCGUCCCUGACGUUCCUACAGCGAUUGACGUGCUUGGCACAGGGCGCUAUCAGCGCUUACCCAAAGUUCUGAGGGGUGUGCUUCCGCGAAAACCGUUGACGAAAGUUCAAACUCGAGAAACGUUGGUGACGCUAGACGAGCUGAUCAAAAGGCGACUGGAGUUGGAGAUAAUACCAGAUUCCAUGCGGAAAAAUUUAGUUAUCGAAAAGGGCUGCGUUACAUUCAAUGUCAACUUAUUCAAAGUUUCCCUCACUCUUGUCGGUAAAGAUUUCAGUCUUCCGUGGCGGAUUGUGCAAUUGGAGACGCAUGUCAAAUCUGCUGACUCGUAUGGAGGAGUUUGUCCUGGAUUCAUGGAUCAUCAAAUGCAGUAUAUCUUGAAUAGUGCACAGGUCUUGAUUGAGCAAGUGCAGAAGCGCAAAGCAAAACCACCAUUGUCAGGAGUUGUGGAGCAGCCAAAGCCAACGUCAAUAUCAGCAUCCAAACUUCCAACUGUUACUCGGAAUACCGCGCGAAAACCAACAUCAACCUCAGCAUCGUCUGUCGCCGCUCAGAAGCCCACUAUCCCUGCAUCAUCAUCAUCAAACUCUAAAGACAGAGGAAAGAAGGAGAAAUCUAAAGAUAAAGCGAAGGUUACUAUGGCAAAGGACACCGUUGAUGUGAAGGGAAAGGGUAACGGACCACGUGAGUCCAAGGAGAAAGGGAAAUCGACAGCGACAAUGAAAGUACGGACCAUGAAGAAGGAUAAAGGCCAACUGCCAGCGACAGCUCCUUCGACUUCAGAAGCCGGAGAGGACACCAAGACACGGGGUACCACGACUGCUCCCAUCACCUCGACCACGCCCAUCCCGACGACAACUUCCAGUGCUCAACCUGCAGAGGCAACAUCUGUACACCCUGCGCACUCAUCUGCACCUAAGCCGCACAACCCAUAUGCAAUCCUCCACUUACACGACUUCCUGCAGAAACUCACACUGCGGCUACAAUUACAGAUGCUGUAUAUGCAGGCCAUCUUCCUCUCAAGAGAGCGGUGGCAGGGCGCUUUGAAAAUAGAAUACCAGCAAGAUAAGGAAAUGUUGCGCAUACAUUUCUGGGAUCAUGAAAUUCCUGGACCGGAUCCAAAAACGGUGCCUGCCGGAUUCAAGGUGCCACAUCGCUACAACGUUUUGGAGAUGGGUAUCAAGGUGGAGGAGCCAUUGAAAGACCCAAUGUUCGAGACGUGGGUCCGAAAACGGAAACGCAAGUUUUGGAAGCAUGUCAACACCGAUCUCGUUAGCGCGACGGUUUUUGGGGACAAGAGCCGACCGCGACGGUAUUUUGACAUACGAUGUUAUAGCGUAAUACCUGACUUGAAGGGAAAUGUGCAGAAGCUCGAACUUGUAAAUCCUCAAACCGAACAAAAAAUACCUUUGACUUUGGAUCCAUCAAAUUUGGAUCUUGAACGACUGCUUAAUAAUAUCGCAGAGCUCCAAUGCCGCUUCACGCUUCGCCGAAUGCGAAAUAUCGCUCUUGGACUACCCAUCAACUCUGGAUUGGCAGAGAUCGGGUUUAUAACGCCACCGCUUGCCGAGGGGGACAAUGCUGCAUCCAGCGAUUUGAGUUCCAUUCCUGGCGACUCCUUGCCUCUAUCCCCCGGCCGAUCCACGGGUAGUGCUUCGUCUGUAUACAAGCGGAAGCGUGACGCGGAUGAUGUGGAAGCGUCGCGUACCAUGAAGAAGGGAAAACAAGAUGCGGAAGGCGUGGAAGCAGCAGUGAAUAAGCGAAAACGUGAAUUGGAAAUGGGUCACGAACCGGAGAGGACCAGUGGAGCACAGGACGGUCGAAUGUUGUUCCAAGAGCAGGAUCUGGAGCUCAAAGAGUGGUUUCCUACUGGGACGGCACACGAAUGCAUUCAACCUGAGCUUGAAGUAACAUAUCGACCUCAGCGCACACUCAAAAUCGUCGUGGAUAUCCGUACAGGAAGGAUCAUGGUGUUGAUGGAUGGUAAACGCGGACAAACGACUGGGGACAUCAAGCUGAUGGGCAUCGAACAAAGGCUUAACGAUCAUAUAGAAGAAACAUUAGACAUUUUGAUGUACAUGCGUUAUUCGUCUUACAUUGAUGACAUUGAGGCUUGGGCACGGCGACUGGGACUGCGGGCUUUUCGGAACACUCCGCUCAAGUCAGAAGAGGACUCAAAGAUUGCAAAAUUGUUGCCUCUUCAUCGAAUUUACCUUCGCCUACCUGCCUUCAGCGAGGGUUGGAUAGUCGUAGCUGUAGCCCCGUUGAAACAGUGGCUGACUACGUACGGUGAUCGACCUGCCGGAAGUGAGGCAAAAGCACGAUUGAAUUUGGGCGUCAAAGAGGAUGAUGCAAUCUUUAGAGUAUGGUUUAUGAUGACAAAAUACGAGAGACGACGAGUGAAACGAUUUGGCCGCGUGAAAAAGGAGAUGCUGAGAGAAAUAGAAUUUAUCACUCCUUUGUCAGUGGACGAUGUGUUUGGAAGAGAGUUUUCGGGAUAUCAAGGGACAAAGCCAUCCCAGAUGAUUGUGAACGCUGAUGAUGGAGAGGGAUCUUUUCCUCGGAAGAAAAUAAAGUCAAUGGAAAGCUCCAUUCCUGUCAAAGGACAAGCGGCCGAGGACGGUUCUAGCUCCGCUGAACUGGAGUCACUUGACGAAAUGUUGCACAGUUGGGACCAUCUUGAUUACGAAACACUGGCCAAAGUGGAAACAAUUUGCAGAUUGCAGUAUGGCUUUACUAGAGUCACGACAGAACUGCACAUGCGCCAGGUGCCAUAUGAAUACAUUCUCGGCUCUUCCUUGCCAAGGGUCACCCCAGAGGAACUUGAAAUACCGGAGACGCGCAUUGCCGGACGAGGAAUGCGAAUCUGUAUUCCAGUCGAUUAUUUUGCAGAAGAGGAUGCUGGUUGGAGGAGCGCGAUUUUACCGUUUGGAGAGUUGUACAUUAGUAUCGAGAGUAAUGUUGUCAGAGGCGCGACAUCUGGAGUUACAAAAGUGCCGAGUGCAAAGAUCCCUUUUGGAACUCCAACCACGGUAAAAAGCGCCCACGUUUUGAGCGUUUGUGUUAUUAAAAUGCAACUGGGAGUUCCGCCCAUUGAAAAGCCAGCGUCAGAGGAUUUUACGUUCGAACCUCAAUCACACGCAAUUACUUUCCGGUUUGUGGAUGUCGAUGAAAUUGAGGACUGUGUUGCCCUGUUAUUGGCUCGUAUGCGAUCAAUCGUUAUGAUGACGCGGCUUGCACAACAAACUGUCCGAAAUAAGAAAAGGCUCGAGAAGAUUGGAGUGCAGUUUGAGCGGUUUGACCUGGUAACCCUCAGUUUGACGUUCGGAGAAGACGUUCAAAUCAAGCUGUGGUGGGAGGAUGGAGGGGAAGAAAAGCUGCCGGACGGGUCCAUCGUGGCGAAAGAUGGUACCUUUCGCACUGCGUUCAUACAGCAGAAGAGCAUAAACGCAACAGGUACCAAAGGAAUACCGCUGGAGAUGUAUGAAAGAAUCAAAGACUUUUUUGAGGAGCACUUGAAUACCGGAAGGGACCUGGCACAGUCGCUUUUGAUGCUCUGGCAUAUGGCGCCAUUACUUCGAUUAGUGUGGCAAGUGGAGCAGAAACGGAAUGUUGAUGCGUAUGCACUGGAGAGCGGCAAGCCUCUCGUGAAACUUACGGUUCACUCAUUGAGUCGAGUGCAGCUGGUAUAUGCGGAAAUCUAUAGUGUCGACUUUGUACUCCACCGGUCAGGCACGUUUGCUGUUUACGACAGCGCUCGAUCGUCACCCAAAAGCAAAGACGCCAUGCAGGUUUAUUCCGAGAUCCCCCAGUUCUAUGCUGGGGCUGGGCUGACCACGGUGUUGGCCAAUUCGGUCUAUGAUGCAUCCGUGCCGGCUGGAACCCGCGCGUUAGCCGUACCCUAUGGCGUGUUCUUUGAUGGGCCGAUGCUGGAGCUUGCUGUUACUAAAGUCGAUUCGCAUUUGACCAAUAUUACUAGUUUAAUGUGGUUUAAUAGUGAGGCGCAAAAGCGGCUACCGGCAACUGAUGUCAAAUUUGACAUUAAAACGGAGACCGAGUCGUCAGUGAUUAUUCGGACGGAGGCUAGGGCAUUCUAUAUUUCGGUAAACGCCGCCAGUAAAUGGAAGGUGGCGACCCUCGGUAUGCCUGGUGGCGAAGUCAGCGGAGAAAAUAUACGUAAUGAUCUGUGGAGAAUGAUGUCGGAUUCUAUAUCGGCAAAGCUGAAUGCUUUGCCACCCGGGACCAAUAUGCGUCCGUUCUUGAUGACGUUUGUGGAUAUGCUCUUGAUGUGGCGGGAUCCUAUGGCUGAUCUUCUCAAACUGAUCGAGUUUGAGAAGAAACAAGCGGAUGAGAACUUGCGGUUGACGGUAGAGUGGUGCCUCGCGAUUCCACCGGAUGCGCCAGAGUAUCUAGGAAAGGUUGGGACUCCGGCGUUUCAUGUUCAAUUGGAUAUGCAUAGGAUGAGCGUUCUGUACCGGUUUACAGACACUCAAACAAAUGAGAAUGUCCUCUUCCCGCUCCUCUACAAUGUCACGACUGGGGUCCUCUGCCCGUGGGAAGCCACUCCCGAUAAUGAUUUUACUCAAUUAAGCGAAAUGAACAACCUUCUUUACCAACGCCUACGAGAUGACUGGAACAAGGAAAACUUUUUGUCCUUGUUGGUAAAGAUGAGCCUUACUCCAAAGAUUGCCGAGUCGAUGGGAUUGCCUGGAAAAUUGUUUCCGAUUAUCAAGCAGUGCUGUAAAGGCAAUCUACGGUAUUUGAAGAAAAAGUAGUGUGACGGAAUAUGGUGCUGGCCGUGUGAAAAAAGGAAAUUGAACGAAGUUGGGAAUGUACAGCCGCCCCGUGUGAUUUAGCACACAAUUGGGAUUUGCCAAUCUUUUUUUUAUCCGGGGGGUUUUUUAUUCCUGUCUUUUGUAUAGUUAGAUGAUGUUGAAAGUCUUGACUGUAAUUGUUGUGUUGUGGUGGUUUUGUAUCAUAAUUUGGUGGGUUUAUUUAUCCUUUGCGUGGUCUGGUGGUAAUGAGCGGAAAUGAAAAGAAUGAAGGGCUCAGCUGGAUAAGGGUGUACAAGAUUGUAAUGCAUUGUUGGUAAAAAGAAGUCCCAGAGUAAGGGAUUGCAGACUGGUACAAGGCGUUGAGG